AUGGUUGCCGUGUUCCUUAUUGGUGCCUCCGGCUUCGUCGGCGGCCAGGUCCUCAAGCAGCUUUCCCAAGACCAUCCAGAGUUUGCCAUCCGGGCUCUGGUCCGCGACGCCCAGGUCGGAAAGCGCAUCUCGGACCUCUACCCCAGAGUCGAAAUCAUCGUCGGCGGCCUGGACGACGAUCUGGUCGAGGUGGAAUCGUCCAGGGCAAACAUUGUUCUGACCUACUGGGUGCAGAUAUCGGGUGCAAGCCUCUUGGCCGCCAGGGACCUUGCCUCUCCCGACUACGACGUUGGGCUUCCGUCGUCAAAGGUCUACGACGAUCUCGAGGGAAGGGACGAGGUCCGAUCUCUGAUCAGAGACCACCCCAGUCGGGAGAUUGAUAACUACUUGCUGGACGUGGGCAGCCAGACCCCGCAGGUCAAGACGGCCAUUGUCUUCCCCCCCAUCAUCUACGGCAAGGGAGACGGUCCGGUGCAUCGGACCAGCAUCCAGAUCCCCUCGCUCGCCCGCGUCACCCUAGAGAGGGGUCACGGGGUGAGAGUGGGGGCCGGCGAGAACCGCUGGGGUCACGUCCACGUAGCAGAUGUUGCGCGCAUCUUCACCGGACUGGCAGAGGCUGCGGCUGUCGGCAGGGACGACGCGUCGCUGUGGAAUGACGACGGCCUCUACCUUGCGAGCACUAGCGACGUGAGCUUUGCCCACCUCUCCAACUUGGUCGUCAAGGCCGCAUCGGAAAAGGGUCUCAUCAAGAGCACCGACAUCCAGGUGCUGUCAAAGGAGGAAUCCGCCAACGUACUUCCUGGCGGACCCGUCUUCUUCGGCUCUAACGCCAGAGGUAUCGCCAGCCGAGCAAAGGAACUCCUGGGUUGGAAGCAGACGGAGCAUGGCAUAGAAGAGGAGAUACCCCGCGCAGUCGCCGAGGAAGCCAGCAACCGAACGGGCAAGUGA